UGAAUAAAAUAUUCAAAUAGUCGCAAACAACUUCAGCGCGGGUAUUACUCAUACUCAGUAUUUUGCCUCGCCCACCUUUUUUCGUUUUAAAACAAUCAGUUAAUAAUCUGAGUAAAAAAAUUUUGCAAUAGCAUCAGUCAGUCUUCUUCGGUAUUGUUUGAAGAAAUACCUACCACCGACGCGUUAUAAUUUGAAGGAGAACCACUAUUAUGUGUAGUUGCGUCCGUGUAUCUCAUUCAAAAAGUGUGUGAAGAACGUGAAAAUGUUUUUAAACCUUUGGCGGAACUGUAAAUUUAAAUAAGUUUUUCUUUUGAGUAAUAUGGCUUUUAUUGAAAAAUGUUUUUGCUGUAGUUUGCCCAUCGCGUGUGGAUUUUUUGCCGCAUAUCUGCUGAUAGCUUAUCUAAUCGCCUUCGCAUUUGAGCUAAUAUGGAUCAUAUUGGAGUCCUCAAAUGUACUUCCUGCAGCUGCGGUGCUUCUCUCAGCAGGUUAUUUUAUCAUGAGCUUAUUUACCGCCCUAUUACUACAUGGAUUAGCAACGAAAAACAUACUCUGCUUGGUAACAUGGAUGUUUGCAGUAACAAUUCUCAUGUUUCCAGAGGCAGGACUCGUUAUUUAUAUGAGCGUUAACUACUGGGGUACAGCUCACAUAUACGGUAAGACAGAGCUCUCCUGUUGGUUAUUUAGAAUCCUAGUCAACGUUGUCCAACUGAUUCUUAUCCAGUCUCUCUACUCGAUAUGGAAAGACGAAGAGUUAAUGGAGAAACGGAUCCAAGAAUUAACCGAAGUUGCCAUAGGUGAAAACGGUUCACCCUUGAACAGUCAGUAUUACCAAAAUAACGGGUAUGACGAUUCCAUGGAUCAAAUCGAUGGAAACCUUAAGAGGUAUGGAUCUAUGCCACAUCUCUGGAACAAUAUGCAUAUGAUGCCAACCUCAAUACCUUACGGAGGUUACCAUUUUAGUACUACUACCAGCGAAUUUAAUGCUAGUGUAUACUUGCCUAGAAUGGGAAAUGGAGACUUGACAUCAGAUAAGAAAGCCAAAUCACUCGUGGAUCUACGGUAUAUCGACUAUCCCAGUAUGGCAUACGCCCAACAGUGGCUAAACCAUGGAAAUCCACAUGGAAUCAGCGACACAAGUAGUGUCAUCAUGCCGCCCUCAAAUUAUCCAGAAAAACGGCCGCCCCCGAGGGCCAUGUCGGAGAUCAAUUACUCCAGCGCACCUUCUAAACUAUCCAGAUAUAAGUCCAUGGACACUUUAAGUGAUACCUCGAAGAGUAGUCAUAUUAUUAAAAAUAGGUCGGGAUUUUAUGCACAACCUAUGGAGAAUUACGGAGUGCCAAUUUAUUAUGGACCGCUGGAUGGUCCGGAUUUUUUAAUUUAUAAGAAGCAGCUUGAGAGGUUGAAUAGUAGGAAUUCGUUGAGUAACGCUUCAGCGGAUGAGAUCACCAAGUAUAGGGAUGUGGCGUUGUGAAGCAUAUGGAGAUUUAGGCGAAUAUUCAAAGGUCUUCUGUUUCUUAGAGACGUUAAUAUACCAAAAAUGUGAAUGUUUCUUAGUUUCUUCUAGUCUUUGGUAUUGCUGGAUACUAGAAAGUUUAUUUGAAUGAAUGAUUAUAAUUUUUUUAUCAAUAAUAAUCAAAUAAGCAACGAAUAAACGUAAAAUUUGUAAAUAGUAUUGUUAGUUAAGAAUGAUUUGUAUGUUACCAUUAUUGUAUAGAAAUUCUUGUAAAUCCUCGAACAUAAUAUGACAGAAAGGAUUUAAUUUAGCUAUUUUUUAACAAAACUUGUAACGAAUAAUAAAAAUUUUAAUUAAAUAA